AAUUAUUUCACACACACACAAAUAUAUAUAUAUUGUGUAUGUAUAUAUAAGAGUUACUUUCAGUGGUGAGAGCUCAUUCACACUCAGUGCAUGUGCUCUGCGUGUGUGAGAGAGAAUAUCAUUUGUUCAGUGUUUGGUCACUGGUUUGCAUGAAAAUUUCCUGAAGAAAAAAGAGGCAAAUUCUCUGUGUCUCCAAUUUCUGUGUGAGCAAGGAACGCAAAAGAUAAGCUUGGUUGCUAGACAACACUAGCACUAAACAAUAUCAUGUUUUUCCGCAAGAGUCAUACCUUGCAGGACGCGGAAAGUGUUGAGCUGCAGCACGACCAGAAGACUACUGAGCUUAAAGCUUCUCUGGGCCCAUUAUCAGGUCGCAGUCUGCAGUAUUGCACCGAUGCUUGUUUGAAGAGAUAUCUGGAAGCUCGAAACUGGAAUGUAGACAAAUCAAAGAAGAUGUUGGAGGAGACACUGAGAUGGAGAUCAAGUUAUAAACCUGAAGAGAUUCGUUGGAAUGAAGUUGCUGUUGAAGGUGAGACUGGGAAGGUAUUCAGAGCAAACUUCCAUGAUCGUCAUGGUAGGAGUGUUCUUAUACUAAGACCAGGAAUGCAGAACACAGCAUCUCUUGAUAACCAGAUUAAACAUCUGGUCUAUCUGAUUGAGAAUGCCAUACUUAAUCUUCCAGAAGGACAGGAACAGAUGGCAUGGUUAAUAGACUUCACAGGAUGGUCUUUAAGCAACCAUGUACCGAUCAAAUCUGCAAGAGAGACUGUCAAUAUAUUGCAAAAUCAUUACCCUGAGAGACUAGCUGUAGCGUUUCUGUAUAGCCCACCACGCAUAUUUGAAGCAUUUUGGAAGAUUGUCAAAUACUUCUUGGAUCCGAAAACAUUCCAGAAGGUGAAAUUCGUGUACCCAAAGAACAAGGAUAGUGUAGAACUCAUGAGGUCCUAUUUUGACAUAGACAAUCUCCCAACGGAGUUUGGAGGCAAAGCCACACUGCAGUAUGACCACGAGGAGUUUUCUAGGCAAAUGGCACAGGACGAUGUGAAAUCUGCUAAGUUGUGGGCUCUAGACAAGCAGCCAUCUAAUGGUUUUGCAGGUGCCGAGGUGGCUCCUGAGCCUGAGGCCCUUGCUCUGCCAGUCAGUUGAGUUAGUCUGAGCCAUGAAAUAACAGCAUGACAAGGUAAAGUUAUGCUUAGGUUAAUUCCAAAAUGUAGAAUCAAGUCCCUGCUGGACUAAGUUAACCAAAUUGAAACAAUAACUCAUGAAUCCUGUGCUUUGUGAAGAUGCUGAAGUUUAAUCCUU